UGUUCACCUGCGCUCUCUCUGUCUCAAGUCCCUCCCUUUUCCGACGUCUCUCACAGGUUCUCUAUUGUCAUCCUCUCCGGCGCCUCCCAACUCGUCAUUCUCUCCGGCGCCGAUAGCUGCUACUCCUUCACCGGCUGAAGCUUCUGAUUCGAGGUAAGUUUCAUCCUUCACCGGCUGUUGCUCCUCCUUCACCGUUUGACGAGGGCUUCGGCAAGAGCCACCCCUCGCAAAUCUGGGCGACGAUUGCUCGGGGCUUGAGCGUGACGGCUCGCUCGAGCCAGCGCUUGCCCAGAUCUGCGAGACGCUUGCUCAAGCGAGCCCUCGCGCUCGAGCCCCAAGUGAGCGUCUCGCAAACGCUCGCCCAGAUCUGCGGCAACGUCUGCUCGCUUGAGUGAGUGUCGCUACUUUGCUCGCUCGAGCGAGCAUUGCGAGCAGAUCAGCGACGCUUAUAAUCGAUUACCUGGUUACAAUGUAAGAACUUGUGCUUGGCUAGCGAGCAUGGCAAGCAAAGCAGCGACGGUUAUAAUCGAUUACCUGGUUACAAUGUAAGAACUUGUGCUUGGCUGGGAUAUUACAUAGGAAUUUUUGGUUUUAUAUCGAAGGUGGAACUUUGUGGGAUGAUACAUGUUUUGGCAUUCAACUACCGUAGUUUAAUUAAGCAUCAUCUAUGCUUUCCGUAACAUAAGUUUCAGACACUGUUGUUUUCAUUAUUUAUCAAUUUAUUUCUUCAGUAUUUGCGUCUUCUUACAUUCUGUAGUGACAAUGCUCACCCCAUAACCUCGUUGACCUUGCCAUGCUCUGUUUCCAUGAGUUCAUGAAACUUUAUUUCUGUAAAUAUAUUUAUAGGGUGUCAAGGAUGAAGUAGAAAGGCGAAAGAUGCAUUGUCCGCAUAGUAUGGUCCAAAUUACACAAGAUUUACUUCUGUUUUUAAGCUCAAGGCAACACAAAAAACACUAUACUCAUAUUUUAGUGAAAUGACACAGGUGGUCCAUCUAUUUUUGCCAUAAAUUCUAAGCCUUCUCUUUACUUCUUUGUUUUUUGUUUUUUGUUUUUUAUACCAAAAUCUUUCAUUUAGUUUAUUGUAAGUGUCAUACUUGAUUGCUGGAAUGCCGAGUUCAAGCAGAGCGUCGCUGCUGUGCUUGCUCGAGCGAGCCUCGCGAGCAGAGCAGCGACACUUGGCUCGCUUGAGCGAGUGUCGCUGCUCUGCUUUGCUCGCUCGAGCGAGCGUCGGUGCUGUGCUCACUUGAGCGAGCAUCGCGAGCAGAGCAGUAACGCUCGGCUCGAGCAUCGCUGCUCUGCUUUGCUCACUCGAGCGAGCAGAGCUGCUGUGAUUGCGUCGCUGCUAUGCUCAUCCUCCAUCACUGAUGAUAUCAAUAUUGAUCGACUAAUCUGUGCCCACUCUUGAAUAAUGACCCAAAAAUAUUUCCAGGCGAUAAUUUAUUCAUGCAUAUUUCGGGCACAAGCGAAAAAGUUUCAGAGCUUCAAAAGGCCAUCUUAGAUUUCUGUUCAAACAUGAUUCUUGAUUUUUAUGCUAAAUGUUUAAUUCCAUGAUUUGUUUGAUGUGAACAACAAAAGUAGUUGUUUCAUAUUUGAGCUAGUUCUUCAUUUGGUGAAGAUAAUGAUGCUCUGGAAAUAAAGAGGAUUCAAUUUUUCUGUAUCUUUUGUUUAUCUUGCUUGCUCAAAUGUCUUGUUACUAUUUUGUGGAAUCAAUUUGCUUUCUACCUCCUCAAAUUUUACUAAAAUUGGUGGCGCUCUACUCACUUGAGCGAGCGAUUCGGCGGUAAAUUUCUUUGGACUAUGCUGAAGAAUUAUGAGCUCAUCCAAAAUCACCAUGAGAGCUAUCUCUUUUUACAGAGAGGGACUAUAGUUGAGAAACUUAGAAAGGAAACACUAAAGGACUGGAGCCACUUUCAAGAACUUUUUUUUCUGUGUGUGAAGGUACAUCUGUUUGAUCAGAUGGAUGAAAGGACACUCGAUGUGAUUUGUGAAAGGCUCAAACCUGCCUUGUGCACUGAAGGAACGUUCUUAGUUCGUGAAGGUGACCCGGUCAAUGAGAUGCUCUUCAUCAUCCGAGGCCACCUCGACUCUUACACUAUCAAUGGGGGCCGCAUCGGGUUCUUCAACUCGUGCCGCAUCGGUCUGGGAGAUUUCUCUGGUAAAGAACUACUUACAUGGGCCCUGGACCCAAGCCCCAGCAUUAUCUUACCAUCAUCGAUCUGCUCGGUCAAAACCCUCUUCGAAGUGGAGGCUUUUGCGCUAAGGGCAGAUGACUUGAAAUUUGUGGCGUCGCUCGGUCAAACAUGUCGAUGUGAUGAAGUUGAACAACAAUGAACUAUAUUACUUCAUUAUUGUGAUCUAUAAAGAUACUCUUCUUUUUGCUA